AUAACCAAAUCCGAAAGCCAGAGCACUAACUGCGUUUCUCCUUUGAUUUGUUUUCCGCUCUCCGAGGAGGAAGAAGGCGAUAAGAGAGAGAGAGAGAGAGAGAGAGAGAGAGAGAGAGAGAUUAGGACGCGAUGGGGGAGAAGGGAUUGAAGCUGUUUGGGGUGACGAUCGUUGAUGGGGAGAGUUGGAAGAGGGAGCAAGAGGCGGAGAUGAGGGAUUUGAAGGGGGAAGGGAUGGAACAAGGGAUGAAGAAAGGUAUGCUGAAGAGCAAGAGCAUGGGGAACCUGGUGGCGUCCGGCUCGACAUCAUCGGAAGAUCAUGGAGCCGGCGAUGAUGGGUAUCUUUCAGAUGGUGCGCUUCCCAAGUCGUCCAGAAGGAGAGAAGGGCAGGAAAGGAAGAGAGGAGUUCCCUGGACCGAAGAAGAGCAUCGAACAUUUUUAGCUGGGCUGGAAAAGCUUGGGAGAGGAGACUGGAGAGGAAUCUCAAGAAAAUUUGUGACCACCAGAACUCCAACCCAAGUUGCCAGCCACGCCCAGAAAUAUUUUCUCAGGCAAAAUAAUCCCAACAAAAGGAAAAGGAGAACCAGCCUCUUUGAUGUGGUUAUCAGCAACAAGGCCAGAAACUCGGAGACUCCCCCUCUUUCACCAUUGAAGAGAUCUGAAGAUCCUUUUGAAGAAACUGAUCGCCUCAACCACAACAAUCAUUCAACCGGAUCCCCCUCCUCCAUUUUUUUCCCAAUGGCAUCUCCAGAUGCAGAAAAUUGCAGCAGUACUAGCCUUAAUCUCCCAAAAAUCGGCUCAGUGCAGGGACAGGGCCACCCCACCUUAGCCCUCACCCCAACCAUUGUCACUCUUGAUCAACCUGGUAUUACUUCACUCAAUUUACCUGUGCCUCCUCGCAAUCCUCAAACAUUGGUUAUUUCUGCAACUACUGCAAAUAAGGAUUUGGAACUCAGCAUCGCGCCUCCGCAGCCUCGCAGUAACUUGGCCACAUUGUCCCCAGGCACCAUUCGAGUUACCUAAUUAAUUAUUUACUCUCAUUUGUUCUCUGUGCUUCCAUCCCAAACACAAGCUUAGAAUUUUUUUUUUUUUUUUAGUAAAUGUCGGUCAUGUUUAAUGCUACAAACUACUUCAUAAGUUUAUGCGCUUUCCUUUC